AUGGCCAUCAACAGCUCCCCAGAUCCCAUGUCGCUCGAGAAAUUAAAACAAACUGAAGAGCGUAGUCGACAGGACGAAGAGCGCACUCGCAUGACUACUUUUAUGGAACUCAUACGCCUUUCUCACGUCUUACUCUCCCAACCGAUGAGAGUCGGGGAAUUAUCCAAGUCAACCGCAGGGACAAUACCCGCUCCCGCUGGAAAAUAUUGCCCGAAGCGGUUGCAACCGUGGACUGAUUGUCCAGCUCAGCAGCAAGAGCUCUACGACGCUGUGUGUGGGUACCUACAAUCAGAGGAUGCGCCGCGGUUAUUCCCGCCUCUCAUCGAGUUAGAAGGCCAUCACCGGCGGCUUACUAACCGGCCGGUCAACCCGUGGACUAGCAGUCAAGUCACAUUCUCCCCGUCUUCUCGGCAAGAGGCUAGAAACGACCGAAGCGCCCAGUCAUGCCACGAUGCGCAAUUUGCACACCAACGGCGUUUACUCGGGCUGCAGACUGGUGAGGCUUUAGACGAUGGUUGUCCAAACGUGACACUCCAUCGACGAAGUCAAGAUAAUCUCAAACAUCUCAUCAAUGCGGAAGAUCUAAUGAGAACCUUGACAGAAACUGCACGCCUUUUGGAACAUGCGGGUCAUGUGCCGUUCAAGCUUACACAUGCUGUGUAUGGUUAUACGGUCGUUGGAAAGGGAACAACUAAAGGACUUUGGAAGGAAGUCUCUCGUGAAGCACAAAUUUACCAUAUUCUUCGGAAAGUCCAAGGGUCUGCAGUACCUGUUUUCCUAGGUACAAUCGAUCUGGCACUGAUCUACUUCCAUGACACGAGAAACAUUUCUCAUAUGCUAUUUAUGGGCUGGGGGUGA